AAUCCCUCUCUCUCUCUCUCUCUCUCUCUCUCUCCUCUUUUUCUCUCUCUAAAACCAGGCUUUAACUCUCUGUUUAUCUCUGAUUUUGGUUUUGGAUUGCUGUGGUUUAGACUGGGUUUUCGUUCUUUUUUGAUUAAUUUCAAACUGGCGAUCGAAAAUCACGAGACGACUGUUCGUGAAAUCAAGCCCAAGAACAGAAGAAUCAUGGGUGCUGGAGGCCCCGACGUUGAAGAAAACCGCUGGCCGCCAUGGCUAAAACCCCUCUUAAGAGAAAGCUUCUUCGUUCAAUGCAAACACCACAUCGAUUCCCACAAAAGCGAAUGCAAUAUGUACUGUUUAGAUUGUAUGAACGGCGCUCUCUGUUCUCUUUGCUUGAACCAUCACAAGGAUCAUCGCGCUAUACAGAUUCGAAGAUCUUCGUACCACGAUGUUAUCAGAGUUUCUGAGAUUCAAAAGGUUUUAGACAUUUCUGGCGUUCAAACUUACAUUAUCAAUAGCGCUAGAGUUGUGUUCUUGAAUGAACGACCUCAGCCUCGGCCUGGUAAAGGCGUCACGAACACUUGUGAAGUCUGUGAACGUAGCCUGCUUGAUUCGUUUCGAUUCUGCUCUCUUGGUUGCAAGAUCGUAGGCACGUCGAGGAGCUCCCCAAAGAAGAAGGUGACGAUAACGGCUGCAGCCUCGGACUCGGAGGAGUCCUACAGUAGCAGCAACCAUAGGCGGAGCAAUAGCAGCAACAAUAGCAACAACACUGAUAUCAAUAGGGUUCAGAGUUUUAGUCCAUCGACGCCGCCUCCAACAUCAGUGAAUUAUAGGACAGCGAAACGGAGGAAGGGGAUUCCACAUCGAGCUCCGAUGGGAAGUCUUAUUAUACAAUAUUAGUAUUAUAUUUACUCUUUAAUCAUCAUAAAAGCCUCCUGAAAUGUAAUGUAAUGUAAUUUCCACGAUGAUCUUUGCUUCCAACGCCUCGAGCCUUUGUGAAAGAGGCCGGUGUUCGGAGGCUUUACCUUCUAGCUUUGUAAAUAGAAGCAUAGAUGUGGGGGGAAAAAGAAAAUAAUGUAAGGCAAAUGUGUAAAAUGGUGAAGGUUAGAGGACUAAAAGGAAAAAUAAGUGGGUAGGUUUGAGUAAUUAUAUAAAUUAGGUUGGACUAAUAGUGAAUUAUACUAAGUUUUGGGUCUUAGUUGUAAAUAAUGUGUGGGGUGUUUUUUUUUCUUUUUUUUCUUUUUUAAUUGUGCUGAAAAUACAAUGUAAUCCUUGGAAUAAUGAAAUUUAGGAAUGAUGUUUAUAUGUGUC